AUGAAGAAUGUGUUUGUUGGUGUUUAUGAAUUCAAGCAUGCUGAAUCCGCUUGGUUUGUUUCUUCUCUACACGAGGUGCUGAUGUUCUUCUCUGAUGCAGCAUCAUUCCGGCCGGUGCUCAGGACCGCGUGGCCGUCGGCGACCCUGAACGCCAUUUCCUCUGAUGCCAGAGCGCAGGAAGCUGGCAGCAGCGCUGACACCGUGUUGCCGUCAGUCCAAAUCCAGCACGCGGUUGCCUUCCCGGAUCGUGUUCUCCUGAUCCUCAAGGACGGGUCGUCGCUGCCAGCUACUGAGCGGUUUGAGUGCUUGUACUCCCCUGCCAACUCCUCGGGCUGCGCCGACCACCCUCUCGGCCGCCUCCUUGCCAGAUGGACCCAGCCUCGUCCAUUGCCCUGCCGAGCCAUCUGGUGUGGAUGUCUCUCUGUCCCUGUCCCUGUCACCCCCGGUGGCGCCCGCUACAAUGGGACAGGCUUGUGUAUACUGCACUUGUUGACAGCAGGGACAACUCCACCAUUGUGUUCGCCAAGGAUGAACCUCCGGCCAGGCCGUCUGGGUGUGGCAUCGAGGAUGACAACUAAUCCCAAUCGCAAUGGAGACAGUGAUGACAAGCCUAUGUUGGUCUCCAUCAGGACGAAAGGCCAGAGGGACUCUACGCUGCCAUCAAUAGCUGAACCUGAGCCACUUCCUCGGUAUAACAGACAUCGGCGGCAAAAGGCACAUUCAAUGUGUGUAUGCACCAUGCUUCGCAACCAGGCAAGGUUCCUCCGAGAAUGGAUCAUCUACCACUCGCAUAUCGGUGUGGAGCGGUGGUUCAUCUACGACAACAACAGUGAUGAUGACAUUGAGCAGGUCCUCGGUACCAUGGAUCAAUCAAGGUACAAUGUGACACGCCAUCUGUGGCCAUGGAUGAAGUCUCAGGAGGCUGGUUUUGCACAUUGUGCUCUCAGGGCCCGAGAGAACUGUGAGUGGGUGGGGUUCAUCGACAUCGACGAGUUCUUGCACUUCCCUGGCAACCAGACUCUUCCAAAUAUUCUCCAGAACUACUCAAACAGGCCACGGAUCGGCGAGCUCAGGGACGGCAUGCCACAGCUUUGGUCCCUCAGGUUACACCUGCAGGCUUGCUGCACCGGAGCGCCACAAGUCAAUUGUCAGGCGGACACACUAAACCCAUCACUCAUCAAUGUGGUGCACCACUUCCAUCUGAAAGAAGGGGUGAGGUAUGUGAACAUUGGUCAGGGUACGAUGCUCAUCAACCAUUACAAGUAUCAAGUUUGGGAGGUGUUCAAGGAUAAGUUUUCUGGGCGUGUAGCGACCUAUGUUGCUGAUUGGAAGGACGAGGAGAACGUUGGAUCCAGGGACAGGGCACCAGGAUUGGGGACUAAGCCGGUGGAACCAGAGGAUUGGCCACGUCGGUUCUGUGAAGUAUUUGAUACCGGUCUUAAAGAUUUUGUGCAUAAAGCAUUCACAGAUCCAGCCACCGGAAGUCUUCCAUGGUAG